GAGAGCACCCCAGACCUUGGAGUCUGUCAGUCAUGAAGGUUGCAGUGCAGGAUUCGCUGAAAGGUGUAGCAUUGCUGCUGAUUGCCCAAACAGUUGUUUCCAUGGUGAUUCCAAAUGGCACACAAUUGGAAGAUUUGCUAGAGUACCUGGACACGAAUGAGACCUCAUGGAAAGUCAACACAAGGGGAAAGAGAGCUAUUUCACAAAGUGAUAUGCAUCUCAUCCUCGAUCUUCACAACAAGCUGAGGGGCGAAGUUCACCCACCCGCAUCGAAUAUGGAAUAUAUGGUUUGGGACACGGAGCUGGAGAGAAGUGCGGAGGACUGGGCACAUGCGUGUCGGUGGGAACACGGACCAGCCCACCUACUGACACAGAUCGGGCAGAACCUGGGAGCCCACUGGGGAAGGGACAGACCUCCAACGUUCCACGUUCAGGCAUGGUAUGACGAGGUGCGGGACUUCAGUUACCCGUACGCACAGGACUGCAACCCACACUGUCCUUAUCGAUGCUCAGGGCCGGUCUGCACACACUACACACAGCUGGUCUGGGCAACGAGCAAUCGCAUUGGCUGUGCCAUCAACGUGUGCUACAACAUGAACGUGUGGGGCAUGAUCUGGGCAAAAGCCGUCUACCUGGUGUGCAACUACUCACCACCGGGUAACUGGUGGGGUCAUGCCCCGUACAAAUAUGGCAGCCCUUGCUCCGCCUGUCCUGCCAGCUAUGGAGGAGGCUGCAGAGACAACCUCUGUUACAAAGAUGAUGGUAUGGACAGGCAAUAUGUGCCUGAGACAGAAGAGACCAACUACGUUGAGCCUGAAGCUCAGCGGCCUCAAGAGCCUCGAGCAAGAGCGCAGUCCCCAACCCCAUCACCCAAUGAGAACGUAGAGAGGAAUGAGGUCAUCAGCACAGAACAGAUGUCUCAGCAAGUCUCAUGUGACACAAAGCUGAGGGACCAGUGUAAAGGAACAACCUGCAAUAGGUAUGAGUGUCCUCCCGGUUGUCUUUACACCAGUGGAAAGGUCAUUGGGACAGGGCAUUAUGAUAUGAAAUCCAGUAUAUGCCGAGCUGCCAUCCAUGCUGGAGUGAUUCAGAGUGAAUCAGGAGGAUACCUGGAUGCGAUGCCCGCAGACAAGAGGAGACAAUACAGUGGGUCCUACCAGAAUGGGAUAACAUCGGAGAGCCUGAGGAAUCCCACAGGAGGAAAAGCUUUCAGAGUGUUUGCGGUCAUUUGAAGCCCUGCUCCAAGGACAUGCAAUGAAAUAGAGCACUUGGUUACAACCAGCCAGUAAUUAGUGUGUGUUUGGUUUUUCGGCUCACACCGAGCAGUGCUUGAGGCCAACACUGUCACGACAGGUCUUCUGUGGGGGAAAAAGUCCCGGCCUUGGUCCUGUCAAGCAAGUGAAAUAUGGGGUCUUAACCUGUAUCAAUAAGCCAUUUUGUGUAACUGUACAUUUCGUGUGUAUACAAUUUUACUCUGUAAAUAUAUUAUACCCUUAUUUGUUGCCGCGCAUAUCUUUUUAUGGAUAAGGUGUGUAACAGGAAUAAUUUGGUCAUCUUAACACAAGCACAUAAAGAUCUUAAUCAGAUAUUCUCCGAGCUCAAGACAAUAUGCAACACAUGGUUAUAUUUUUAUAUGUUUAUUUUUAUAUGUAACAAAAUGUCAAAAUGCUGCUGGUGGAUAUGUUGUAUUUCAUAGCAAUUUUUUUUUUUCUAUUUUCAUUUUUGUUUGGAAUUUGAUACUGUAAGAACCUGGCAGGCCAGGAAAUCGUGGAAUGUUCCAGAAAAAUCUGAGGAACGCUCCACAGGUGACUAGAAAUGCAUGAGAGAGUUUAAACAUUCCUAAAAUGUGCUAUUUAUUAUUACAAACCAAUGAAUAAACUGUAUCAGUAGUACAUACUGGGAUUGAUUAUUGUG